CACACUUCACCACACCUCUUUAACAUCUACAUCUUUUCUUGUUUAUUGAAUGCCAUUUUAAUAUUUAUUUAUUAUUUAUAAUUUAUGAAUGAACCGACACUGCAGUAUUUGAAUUAUCACAUUUUUUUAUAUUUUAUUUAUUUUGAUUAAAGCGUAAUUAACUAAUUAAAAAUAUGACUUAACUUACUUUCAUAUUUCAUCCUAUUUUACCUCAUAUUUUUAUGCUUCAAAUUUAGUGAUUAGGUUCAAAUAGCUUUUAUUUGCUUUUGUGUGUGUGGACAGGUACAAUUUAAUUUGAUCAUCAAAGCAAUUAACAGUGAUUUUUAUACCAUUUGGAUGGAGAUGGAGUCAUUGAUGGGAGAAGAAUUGGAGGUGUAUGUAGAACUCCAUCCUUGGCAGAAGAUAAUUUUGACUGUGUUCAAAUUCUGCAUUUGGAUUUAUUGUUGACGAUGUUAAAGGAGUUGCUUCCACUAUUGAUGGUGUGCGCUUCUAUUUUGUUAAGCGAUUUGCAAAUCGUGUUGCCCAUACUGUUGCUAGGGAAGCCGUUUCUGCGUCAGGUUGCGGGGAAUGAUUUGAUAUCCCUCCCCUUUUUCUUGUUGAUUUCCUUGCUGCUGAUUUAAUGAAUUAAGUCUUUUACUCAAAAAAAGAAAAAUAAAAAAAAAAAGAGCUUUUAUUUGCUUUGUUUGUGUAGAUGGGUACAAUUUAACUUGAUCAGAGCAAUUAUACAUGAGUGGUUUUUAUACCAUUUGGAUAUGGAUGGAAUCAAUUGGAUGAUGGAAAUAAAAGGGAUUGGAGAUAAAAAAAAAUUGGACCACAAAGCCUCAAGUCAGACUGCAUGUCAAGAUUUUGCUUUAACUAUGCAAUGGAUCGGAGUUGAUUGGUAUCACUACCAGAAAGCAAAACCAGUGGUGCCUCAGCAAGCAUAUUCUGAAGGUGACCGUGUCAAGAUUUCGCUUGAUGAAGUGAUACAUUUGUCAGUUGCAUUGUGCCAACGUUUUCGAGGGGCUUUUGUUUUGGUGACUGCAAUGGAGUUGGUAUCGCUACCAGAAGCAAAACCAGUGGUGCCUCAGAUUGGGUUGGAGAUGAAUGCUGUGUGGAGAAGAAGAAGAAGUAUGGAAGAGUUGAUUUUGAGGUGGCACUGUGGCAGUAAUGGUGGGGAAGUAGUGGCAAGUGUUUGCAAUAAUCAAACUAGUGGUCUUCUCUUACAAGAAUCGUGUUUCAUCCCACUCGAUUAUCUUUUGAGACUUUUUUCUUUUCUUUUUUAAUCCAUGUGUAUUGCAAAUUUGUGCUCCUUUGAAGUUAUCUUCAAAGCUUACCCUUCCGUCUUUGUCAUCUUUCAAACUUGAAAGUUCUCCGCUUGGAAAAUUUGCAAAAUCUUAGAGCACUUGUAGAAUUUCCUCCUAGUAUGAAGAAUCUCUUUACAUAUAAUUGUAUCUCACUGGAAAAAUAGCAAUUGUAUCAAACUUGAAAAAACUUGAAGUUCUGUUUCUUGAAAAUCGUGAAAGUUUGGUUGAGCUUCCAAA